UGCAUUUUGAAGAAAAAGGAGAGUCAAGUCACCAAUGCGGAACAAGAAAGAUCCAUCCCGCCACCUUCGCUUGUCUUACUCCGCACUGCAACAUCCAUGAAGCUCGCAACUAUCGAACGACAUCCAUCAUGAGAAAAUGAUUCACGAAUGAUCCUCAUCGCAGCGUCGUGAGUGUAUAGAAAGAUGGAGAGCGAUGACGAGUAUAGACCGGUAGACAGCGAUGACGAGCCAGCACACUUGCAGUGUCACCACUGUAGGCGCAUCUUCACGCGCUCGGAACAUCUACAUCGCCAUUUGAGAGUACAUACCCAUGAGAAACCAUUUUCCUGUACGAAAUGCAAUAAAUCUUUUGCACGGCUAGAUGUUCUUCAGAGACACGAAAUCACACACACGCACAUAAAUCCCUUAACCGCGAGCGAGAAAGUGGCGAUCAGAGCGUGCAAAGAAUGUGCUGCUGCCCGCAACCGUUGCUCAAGAGACUCGCCAUGCACAAGAUGUGAGGAUAAGCGUUUGGAUUGCAUCUACCCUAUGCCCAGGAGACGAAAACCUCAGCCUGUGCCCCAGAAGGAGGAGAAGAGGAGGAGAAGGAAGAAGAAGGGUUCGAAUCUUCAGUCACCCGAACCAUUACCCGCACAAAACUUGCACGAAGAUGCGGAGGGUGAAGAUGAUACUCAGGCACCAGAGCCAUUGGCGACGGUACCAGUGGAAACGGGGCCGUUGGACACGGAGCCAAGAGAAACAGAGCUGGCUAUAAACAAUAGCGGAAUCAAUGAUGCCAACAACGUUUCUUGGAACAUCAAUGGUUCUAACGCUUUCACGGUUCCUCCAGCAGACGGAACUUGGCCACCUAAUGAUGAGUCAAUUGCCGUUGCACCACAACCAAUGAACCCAAUGUUCCAAAUCGAUGACAUGGGAAGCUUUCAAGAAGUACCGGAUCUCACCACGGCUAUCCCCAAUAUCAAUUGGCUCUCGGACAGUCAGUUUGCUCCAUUGUGGGAGAAUCAAUUGCCUAUUAUCCCCGAAGGCCUUGGUUCAAUGGCAUACACAUUUCCUCCUGAACUAACUGGACCCAAUCCUGUCUCUUCUUGGGUCCCAGAGCAGUCCAUGGGCGUCAAUAUGAGCAUUAAUGGCCCAAUGGAAACGCCAGCCAUCGAACUGGAUCAAACACACUACCCAACAGUUGUGGAAAGCCCUUACGACGGACAAGCGAGCAGUGUUAACGACUCCAAUGCAUCAUCUUCAAGCAAUGGAGCCCUCUACGUGGAUGGAACAGCAGCUAGAGCCCCAUUUCGUGGUCAACUACUCCCCCAGCAAGUCAGCUUACAGAGCAAUCGUCCUGAACAGGACCCCCGCCUCCCCGAAGCAGAUGGGUCAGACUACAGUUAUCUAAAAUCCUUAGUAGCGAGUAUGCGAGAAUCCCCUGAUAACACGUUUGUGCCAGAGGCUCUCUACUCCCAACUAUCGUCCGUGGUUCAGAAUGAGAUCGGGAUCGAUCCAUCACUUGAUCUAGACGCUCAGAUCCCCCCUAUGGACCAUAUCAGGGGCUUUGUGCUGCUUUAUUACCGAUGCUUUCAUCCGACGUAUCCGUUUCUACAGAAAAACUCCUCCGUCUGGCAAGUUUCAGAUAACUGGAUCCUGUUACUAGCUGUAGCAACCACUGGAGCUCGAUAUGCUGGAAGUAGGUGGUCAUCGGUUAUGUCAGAACUUCUAGACAAGGCCUUGAAGCACAGGGUUGACUCCAUAAUCAAAGAGAACACCGGUAGUGCAAACGGCAUUUGGGUGCCAGGCAGCUUUCAAUCACAUGGCCGGAUGGACCUCCAGACACUUCAAGCAGCUAUUCUGAACUUAAUCUCUCGAAUUCAUAGCGGCCAAGAAGUCAUGAUGGAAUGGGCUCUGUAUCAAAGGCUCGCUCUCAUAGAAGAAUGCAGGACAAUGGAUCUACUUUCACAGACCCCACCACAAACUGCUGACACGCCAGUUCAAAAUGGCGAUGUAGCUGUCACAGGAUGGAUGCAAACUCAAUCGAAGUUGCGCACUGGCUUGAUGAUUUGGAUCCUUGACACAAUCGUUUCUCAUGAAUUUAACUGUCCCCAAGUAUUGAAAGUACACGAGCUUAGAACAAGACUUCCGUGCCGAGAGUCAAUAUGGGAUCAACCAACCGUGGAACAGAUAUACAGUAGAGACGCGCAUCAGGAACAUUCGGAUAGUAACGGUACUCGAGGCCCUUCAUCUUCUUUACAUGGAAAAGCGGCAGCCAUCAAACUUAACGGAGUUUGGAAACAUCGUCUUAAUAUAUGCAGUUUGUGCGAGGACCAAAGAAGCAGCCUACCAGUAUGGAACGGCCUUGUCACGAUGGACUCCAGUUGCUCAUGUUGAGCCACGAAAGGAAUCAGUUUCUAUGACUGAAACAUGGCCACCAACCCUCGAAAUGGUCACAAGAUGGAGAAAUAGUGCCUGUGACGCCUUUGAUAUCUUGCAUUGGAAAGCGAACGGCAAAGCGGCUAAUGCUGGUGGGACGGAGCACCCGACGAUUCUUCACCUUCACCUUUCCCGGUUGUAUAUCUUGACACCUACGAAGCAUUUUCAAAAGGUCGCUGCGUCUGCAGUCCUACGACAAAAUGACAAUGAACUUCAGAACAAUAUGGAAUACUCGGAAGCCUGUAAUCACAUUCAACGUUGGGCCAACAUCGACCAGUAUAAGGCAAGGCUGUCCAUAAUCCAUGCUGGCGCUUUGUUGUGGCAUAUCCGUCGAUAUAGUAGCAACGACUUCAUAGAGCCCCAUGCUAUUUACCUUGCUACCCUCUCGAUAUGGGCUUACAGCGUGUUCAAUACCCCUAGGACUGAGUCCCAGCAAGAACACGGUGAUGCCGUAUCAAGGUCGGUGCCAGCUUCCGGGGAUCGUGAAUCGCAGGGAUCGGUUGGAAAUAAUGAGGCCGAGAGCGAGGAGGAGCCAGAUCCGACGUUCAUCCAUCUAGAUCGUCCUUGUGAUGAUGAAAUGGUCCAAGUCUACAUACGUCUAGGGCAUAAGAUGGCUGGUCACAUGCAGAGAGUUGGCAAUAUCUGCAGCCCCAAUGCUCCACCGAAGAUUCUCAGAGAAGGUAUAAGGAUGCUAUCACAUGCAAGAGCCAAAAACAAGGAAUGGGGGAUCGAAACUUCCUAUGUUAAGGGCUUGACAAGUCUGUUACAUGGUACCACUGCACAAGAAAACGAACGUGCAAGCGGAACACGUGUAUUCUAAUAACCUCUUCUCAACUUCCCCUUGUCAUCUUGAGAUGCCCGCUCUGUCAGAGUGCUCUACGUACCAUGAACUCCCAGCGGCCCGAAAGUCUCAUGCUCCUCGAACAAAGACUGGCAUUUGAGUCAAAGGACAGUCAACAGUGACAGUUGUUCCGGAUUCGUAAGACUCAUCACCGUUGAAAGAAGACCACUUCUCUCCAUUUGAGAGCUUGGGUAGGUAGACUUCCGUCUUGGUUUGACCUGGUUCCAGUACAGGACAGACCAGAUACUUGUCACCAUAGAGGUACUGAGUCGAAAUGUCCCAGCACUUCUUAUCGCCAGGGAACUCAUAGAACAGAGGCCGCAUGACUGGUGUUCCCUUUUCAUGUGCUUCUUUCAUAAGCUUUCGAGUGUACGGUCGAAGGUCCUCCCUGAUCUUGAUAUACUUGACACAGAUAUCAUAAACUUGAGGGCCAUAAGACCAGACCUCGUUAGGUGCUCCACUGCGACAUGUCGCACCGCCGGUCGUCCCUUGCUGUGGUUGCUGAGGUUCACGAUCACCAUGAAGUCUCAUAACAGGGCAGAAUGCGCCCCACUGGAACCACCGCACAAAGAGCUCUCUGAAGCCUUCGUUGUUGGGAUCGCCUCCAUGGAAUCCGCCGAUAUCUGUGGUCCACCAAGGUAUACCCGAAAUACCCAUGUUGAGGCCUGCGCAUAGCUGGUUGCGGAAGCUAGACCAUGAAGAAGCAAUAUCUCCGCUCCAUACCAGAGCUCCGUACUUCUGGCUGCCAGCCCAAGCACAGCGAAGGAGAUUGACAAUGUUCUUCUGGCCCGCUUCUUGUUGGCCUUCAUAAAAGGCUUGAGCAUAGUUGACGGGAUAGAUAUUUCCAAUCGUCCCGUUGGAGCCUAGCCAGUAUCGGUAGUUAUCAAAGUCGUAUGCUGCAUAUUCUGGUUCUGCUUCAUCUAGCCAGAACGUCUUUAUGCCUUUGGAGUAAUAGUUCUUGUUUACUGUGUCCCAUAUGUAUUUCCUUGCAUCUGGGUUUGUGGUGUCAAGAUGUACCGUUUGGCCCUGGAAGUCCAGACCGAUCCGGACACCUCUAUCAGUGCGGAUCAAGUAUCCGUGCUCCAGCAUGUACUGGUAAUUUUCAGCUGUUUUAUCAACAGUUGGCCAGAUAGAGACCAUGAGCUCGAUUCCGAGAUCUGUGAGCUCUUUCACCAUGGCAUCUGAUCGUUGUUAGCAAUCCUCUUCUUCAAUAUGUUUAAUUGGUACUCACCAGGAUCAGGCCAGUAGUCUGAGUCGAAUUUCCAAUCUCCUUGCUUGGGCCAAUGGAAGAAAUCGAUGACUAUGAGAUCAAUCGGAAUUUCUCGGCGCUUGUAUUCUCUAGCCACCUCGAGAAGCUCCUCUUGUGUCUGGUAUCGUAGCUUACACUGCCAAAACCCAAGUCCAUACUCAGGCAUAAUGGGAACUUUGCCAGUAGCAUCUGCGUAUGCUUCCACAAUCUCAGCUGGCGUGUCCCCUGCGACAAUCCAAUAGUCAAGGAUUUGAGUUGAGAAUGCUUCGAAGCUCAUGAUGUUCUUGCCAAAUACAGCCCUUCCUAUCGCGGGGUUGUUCCACAAGAGUCCAUAUCCAAGUGAGGACACAGCAAAGGGAACGCUUGCUUGAGAGUUGCGGUGUGCAAGCUCAAGAUCGAGUCCUUUCAGGUCAAGCCAAGGCUGUUGAUACUGGCCCAUUCCAAAGAUCUUCUCAUCUGGACUGACGCUCUCAAGACGCAUUGUCAGAUGAUAGUUGUCUGUUCCCAGUAUUCCCUUGAACUCGCGAGCCUCCACUUCCAGAGCACUGCACUUCGGAUCGAGAAGAUCCCGCCUAUGACGAGAGUACUCUUCCAGAAUCAGCUUCCCAUCAGCUUUCUCAAUAAUCAAUUUGCCCUGGCGGGAGAUGCGGGCUUUGAUGUUUCCAUUCUUGAUGGAUGCAGACUCGUCAGAAAUAGAGAUUUCUGGCGUCACUUCUGCAAGCUUCUGAAGCGCCCAGUCUUGCGAUGGCAUCACGGCAGCUUUGGUCGCCCUCACGCGGAACGCAUUUGGACCCCAUGGUUCAAUCCAGAGUUCCUCCGCAUCAUAUUUGUAGCCGAGG